UACCUUCUCGUCGUGUGCUCCGUACACAUCUGUCAUUUCCAGACGCAUCUGAGUUAAGAGCUCCUCAUUGUGUGUGAAUGUACUGAACUUGGAGCGGGGAGGUCUCAGCAGACGUCAUCCCAUGAAAGAUUUCUGCUGCAAUGGUAAAGAUUGAAUCUCUCUCGCUCUCUCUCGCUCUCUCCGUCUCGCUCGCUCUCUCAUCUCCGCUCUGCCUCUAACCGUCCUAGUCUUAAAAAUAAUGCGAUUGUUUUUUUCUAUUCAGUUUCCCGGAAUUUUCCGAAAGAAACUCUUAGGAAGCAUUUAAGCCGGACUUUUAUCUUCAGUGUGUCAGUGUUUUUUUUUUUUUUUUACCCCCCUUCAGAAAGCACGUACGAGCUGAGACUUUUUCAAGCAGCACCGCUGCACAUAGAGCUGCAGUGUGUUGAAUAUCGCAUACACUAAACAUCUUCUAGGACGGGGAACUGUUUACAUAUUUUGAGAUGAUAUAUAACACCUGCUCAACUUUCUGGUACAGUCGCCUUAUUACCAGAUCAGCAGUACUCCAAUAGAUGAAAUUCUCUGAGGGUUUUUGACAUCUGAAAUUCUGCAAUCGUCGUGAAAAUGUUACUGCAUCUUUGUUUCCUACUUCUGCCUCUGGUGACUGCUACACAUUUAGAAUGUAUAAUCAAAAGAGAGAAGGAACAGUGCCUCGAGAAGAUUAGACGGGAGAAAGCCACAAAUGACUUCAGUUUAGGGUGUCCAACAGAAUGGGACAAUAUUACUUGCUGGAAGCAUACUGCUAUUGGAGAAGUUGCCAGUGUUCACUGUCCAGGGUUUUUCCGAAUAAUAAGUUCAGAGGAUGACCUGGGUAUCAUUAGCCGAAAUUGCACUGAAGAUGGCUGGUCAGAGCCUUUUCCACAUUACUAUGAUGCCUGUGGUAUAAAUGACAGUGAAAAUGAAACAAACGGCCAGGACUUGUAUUAUGUAUCCGUGAAAGCACUAUACACGGUUGGAUACAGUACCUCACUUGUUUCUCUGACGACAGCUAUGGUGAUUCUCUGUCGCUUCAGAAAACUACACUGUACCAGGAACUUCAUCCACAUGAACCUUUUUGUAUCAUUUAUUUUAAGAGCAAUAUCAGUUUUUAUUAAGGAUGGAGUUCUUUAUGCUGAAGAAGAUGCUAAACACUGUUCUGUUUCAACGGUUGAAUGCAAAGCUGUCAUGGUGUUUUUCCACUAUUGUGUUAUGUCAAACUACUUCUGGCUGUUUAUUGAAGGCCUGUACCUCUUUACUUUGCUGGUGGAGACCUUCUUUCCUGAAAGAAGAUACUUUUAUUGGUAUACCAUCAUUGGCUGGGGGACCCCCACAGUUUGUGUGACUAUAUGGGCUGUACUAAGAUUGCACUUUGAUGACACAGGAUGCUGGGAUAUAAACUACAACAAUGCCCUGUGGUGGGUGAUCAAAGGACCUGUCGUGGCCUCAAUUAUGAUAAACUUUGUUCUUUUUAUUGGAAUUAUAAUUAUCCUUGUGCAAAAACUCCAGUCACCUGAUAUUGGAGGCAAUGAAUCCAGCAUUUACUUGAGAUUGGCUCGAUCAACUCUGUUGCUCAUCCCACUCUUUGGAAUUCACUACACUGUAUUUGCCUUUUCCCCAGAAGAUUUCAGUCAGAGGGAGAGGCUUGUGUUUGAACUGGGACUUGGAUCAUUUCAGGGAUUUGUGGUGGCUGUACUGUACUGUUUUCUAAAUGGGGAGUUUCUCCCUAAAGGUGCAGUCAGAAAUAAAGAGGAAAUGGAGGAGCUGGAAAGUAAACCGGUACUUUGCUGUGGAUUUCAAACAUCGUCAUCCGUCAUUGGCGAGCAGCGGAGUGAACGGGGGGACCCAAUUGUCCAUUCUGAGCAAGAGCAGCUCUCAGAUUCGGAUGUCGAGCGUAAAUGCAGAGAACUUGGCAACAUGAAAUGUUAACCAGUUUCGCUGAGUGUGAAUUUCUGAAGAAAGAGCAGGCAGCACCAUGUGCCUGGUGCCUUAGAGAAAUUUAUAUACAGUACUAAUAUAUAUAUGAAUCAUCUUUAAAAGCAAAGAAUAGGUAUUCCUUGUACAUAUCAUAAUGGUGGAAGAUUUCAUUUUCUAAAAAAAAAAAAAAAAGUGUACCGAAGUCCUAACAUUUAUUUAAUUCAAGAUGAUUUAAAUGGUCUCAGAAGGUGUUUAUGUUGUGUGCCACAAACUAAGCUAUAACAUGUGACCUUGUUGGAUUUACAAUUUAUGCUUUAUGAAAGGGAAAAUACAUUCUGAAAAAUGUGUUGGAACACAUUUUGCCUCUUUGAUGUUUACAGUGUAUGAAAUGAGUUCAGUAUCAAUAAUCUGUCAUUCAGCCAUGCAGCAGGUAACAAUUACAGGAUUCUUUUUUCAUUGUAUAUUUUAACUGCUUUUUAUAGAUGGUCUUUUAUUUAACAAGAAAUACUGCCUUUGCAAUUCUUGAUUAACCAGGAGAGCCAACCCACUUUACGUAAUUGUGGUGAAAAGUAACAACUGGAAGCAGCAGAUUGAGUUACUUACUGUAUGUGAGAGUAUUUGUUGCACACCAAAGCCCGACCUCUUUAGAGGUGUCCUCCUGCUGCCCUCUUUACCUUGCACAAUCAUUUGAGGAGGUCGCAAAGUUCCUAACAUCUGAACAUGUUACACUUCUGAGCUAUCUGAUUAACAAUGGCGCACCCCACAACUGCUGUUUCCAGAGAGGUUAGCAGACACAUCGGCAGGCACUCCUCUUGAAGUGAAAGCAGUUUAUAUGUGGUGUUUGGGGUUCCUAAAACAUUAUAAUUAUUUUAAAACUUUUGGAUGAUGCACUGUAGAGUCAUAAUUUUAAUUCAGUUUUGCACCAGAUUUGACUAGCUGCAGUUUUGGAUUAAAUGUGACCUCAACACCAUUAUCCUGGUUAAUCAACAGUUGAAUAUAUAAAUGUAUAUAAAGUGUUCUCCCGAAAUGAACAAAUACUGUUUGUAAAACAUGUGCCAUACUGUAUUAUAUAAGAGCAUUUAACAAGUCCUAAUGCAUUUACUUAGAAAAACCAGCAUUCCUUCAUACGUGUUACAUAGGUGGCCUUCAUUUCAUGCUGUGUCUUAAAGACAGACUGGUUCAACCUCCUGAUCUCAUCAAAUAACAAAAGGUGAUAUUAUCUUUAUCUUUGCCAAUCUACUCAAAGUCAUGUACUGUAUAAGUAAAGGUUGUUGUCUACGAUGCUCUGCAAAACAAUGAGAAAAAAAAUGAUAUUCUGCGGUCAUGUAAAGGCAUUUAUGGUAAAAACAAACAAAACAAAA